CAGCGAGGCGUAUAUAGAUAUAGCACGGUACGUUGGUACGCGCCGAGAACCUUCCACCCCAGCCAUAAUAAGCAUCAUACCCGCGCAGCAUUGCAGUGCAGUUGUCAGUGCAGCGCGAGUCAGUCCAAGGGCCUGGAGGCUUCGAGCGCGGAGCAGCGAAAAAAAAAAUUACUCGGUCAUCUGCCACUCGACAGUUAGAGCCGCGAGUGCAAAGAAUUGAUAUAACAGCCGCACAAACGUUUGCAGACGUGCAGUGUAGUCCUCCGAUGCGGCGACGAGGGAGGUGGAGAUAAAUUGAAGAGGUAGUAGGAGAAGAAACGGUCAAGCCUCAAGCCGGUUAAAAUCGGGGGACUAAACGGGCAUCGCCGUAUUUGUUCUGCGAACGACGUGCAGGGCGUAUCAUAAAGAGCUUAAAAAUUUGUGCGCUACGUAAUUUUCUCGAAACUGUGUCGCUCAAAAGUUCGAUUCUUCAUUUUAAACUGACGGAAUUUCCACUUUUGCCUAGCGUUGAGAGACUCUAUUUUUGUUUGAAAAUCAUAUCCUUGGUGCUUGCGAAGUUAGAUUUAACUGUUGAGUUCAAUCUUCAGUUGCACACUUCAGCAUCAUUCAGAACCCUGUGAUUUUGAAAACUGCAUUCAUGAUGACUUCAUCAAGUUUUAUACAGGAGGAAGAGAUUAUGAAAAAACCACCAACUCUGGUCAGGCGUUUUUCAGAUAUGUUUAAAGAUGGAGCAUACAGUGGACCACCAACUCUUUUCUCACAAAAAAUUCGCCACUGCUAUCAGAAUUUAAAUUUGUUCCCAUAUCUGCUCUAUUCAUUUGAAAAUUCCAAGUCUCAUCCAAUGGCCAAGAAAGUUAAUUCAAGUAUAUAUCUCAUGAAAUCAAGAGUGUUUGAACAUUUCCUGUUUGUAUGUUCAAAUCUGAUGAAGACAACUGCCAGUGAAUCAAAAAGAAAUUUAAAGUUGACACCUGAUGCACAAAUAAUUGAAGAACAGAAAAAAAAUAUUUCUGUACUACAAAGCAACAAAGCCAAAUUUUACAUGAAUGAUAAGCCAAAAGCAAAAGCAUGUCCUCUUGCACUUAUUUUUGCUGUUUACCUGGCUCCUCUGAUAUUGGCUCUCCAAGUGAUUGGUGUUUUUGCUCAAAUGAGUUUAAAUGGCACAUACACACCUGGAUACUUGUUCCUUGUAUUAGCAUUGGCACUUUUGGGAGCUAUAUCAGCAAGAGUUAUGUUGCCCUGCAAAAACCGAAAAACCAUCCACAGGACCAAGUCAGUGAUGAGGCAAAAAGUAAAAUCGAAUUAGUGAGAUAGUUUGCUUUUUUCAUAUUUUAAUUCGAAACUGCAUUGAUCUCGGAUAUAAUGUACAUUUUUUUGCAGUCUACGUUUGUGCGCCUUCGUGAUUGAUUUAGAUGUUAAACGUGACUACUUUCAUGAAAUUAAAAAACAAACGUAGAUAAAAAAGGCUUUGUAAAUUGCAAGAUUGUUCUGAAUCAUUCUAAUUUUCUGAUGAGAGAUAACUGUUUAUACGAAUGAUUUCAUAGAGAAAUGCAAACAUAAAAAAAUAAGCUUGAGAUUAUUCAUUUAAUCGGAUUUAAGCUUUGCAUCGUUAGUAUCGAAUCGAUCAAAAUUUUGAAAAUCUCGCGCGGUGUUAAAGACUCAUGCAACAGAUUAAUACAGCUUUUUACAAUAUUUUUUCAUUUACUUCGUGCUUAGCAAUAUUGAGAAUAAAAAUAAGCCAAAGUUCAAAGGUUAUAUUGCAACAGAUAAGAAAAAUUCAUCUAACUUAUAAUAAGCGGUAUAGCAAUGUCUUAUAAGUAAUCUCUCGGAUGUUUAAAUUGCAUGUAUUUCAGUAUCGACUGAUAGGAUAAAAAGCAACGAUUAGCUUUAAGAUACACGUUUAUUUUCUACAGUACAUAAGACUGAAAAUUAAUGAUUAUUUUAAAAUACUUGUCUUGUAUAUAAAAUGAGAGGCGAAUGAAAACAAAUGUUAUGUUUGUCAGUUUAAUAGGGUAAAUUUAAGUCACUAGUUUCGUUUAAUUAGCUGCAUAUUAUCAAAUAAAUUUCGUUAGGGGUAUUGAACAUUA